GUUUGGAAAAGCUCUGGAAGAGGCAGUGGGAAGGCCGUGUCGUUGUCUAUCAUUUCAAUAAUAAAUAAUAUUUACGACCGGGUCCCCCAACCCAUCCAGUACCACGAGAGGGAAGGCAAUAGAGUGGCAGUUUGUUUCGGAGUACAUAGUGAACUAUCGAGCAUAAAUUUCAGUGUUUUGGUUGAAUCUAUACCGUCAAUAACGUGCCAUUUUCUCGUCUCUCGCGCGGUGAGCUUAUAUGCCAUAGGCGGAAAGUGAUGGUAGUGGUGCCGCAGUUUUCCUGCAGAGAAGAAGACACCUGCCACGACGACGGUUGGCAGUAAAUUUUACAUCGCAUCCUAGCCGUGUAGUGCCGUGGUACCUCUCUAACUAGCUAGCUAACGGGGUUACAUACAUACUGCCAAGUCGCAUUUCCUUUCCCACGUGACGGUCGUUUUCGUCGUCUUCGUCGUCGUCGUCGUCGUCGUCGUCGAAGUCAGUCAAUUUUCGGUUGUAUCCGUUCAGCAUAAAACAAGAAAAUGUCUACGAGUCGUUAUUUAAACUGGUCGCGACCGUCGCCCGGGAGGCAUCAUCCGCUCCGUAAGCAGAUAUCCUGCUUCGAGUCCUUUUCCGGUGGUGGGAGAAGUCUUUCGGUAAAUAACCUCGCCUCAGUGUCCGCGGACAAAAGUGUCGACUUUGCCACCUUCGUGACGGCUGCCACAAUCCAUAAAAAUCGCUUUCAAAAUUAUCACACUUACCAUCAGGCACACCAUCGGGGAACCAUCAUCACAGCAGAUACCGGCACCGGCGGAAGUGGCUCAUCGACACUGGUCUCGGACGGAGGGCCACCGAGGGCAACACCACGUCGUCGACCUGCCAGUGCUCACAUGACAUCCUCGUCGUCAUCGUCGCCGUCGUCCUCAGUGCUAUCCGGAUUAACGAUGGCCAAGAAGGUGAACACGCACGAAAGCCGAAAGGUCCUGACCAAGCAGCUCUCGCUGGAUCAUCCCGGUGCGCUGGGUCCUGCGGCGGGCCAUGCAUGGACUACGGCCGCUAGUCGGGCGCCAUCAAUCGGCGGGACCAGUUCGGUCGGUGUAGAUCAUCACGGUGCCGAUCCGGUACAGAGUCCGAAAGUUUGUGCGAGCUCCGGCAUCAAGAAACGGCCACCUGGAUUAAGUGUGAAGAAUGACAUCGAAUCAAGCGAACACAUCAAGAAAGCCCUAAAGCAGGGCAAGGACUCCCGCAUCAACAUCAAGAUCUUCCUCGGCCAAACCGUUCAGCAGGAUUCAUCCGACACUGGACACAGCGACACGGAAUGUUCCCCAAGCCUUCGAAAUCAGCCCCAUCAUCCUUCUUCACAAUCACCACAACCACCACCACAACAGCAACAACAACAACAACAACAGGAACAACCGCAAGAGCAGCAAGGCAAUCAAAAGGCGGAAGCGGAAAAUUCGCAACCGGAAGGCGCGAGUAAACCCAAACAGCAGCAAUCCUCCGGUGGCAGUGGCCGCAACUCGUCCCUAGCCCAACGUAGUGCUCAGUUCCAAGCGAAUCGGCAAAAUUCCGAAACCGCCGAAAGACGCCCGCCGCUGGUGCGGGCUAUGUCAGCUCCGAUCCGACCGAUAGACAACGAUUCCAAGUUCCUACAGAGUAAGAAGAAGACCCGGAAGAAGAAGAUUUUGCGUGAACGCGACGAGAUCAACGAGUGCGAUGAGGACGACUUCGACGAGGAAACACUCAAACUCAACACGACCAACAGCAAGAACACGCUCGCUGCAGCUGCUGGUGGUCCACGAUCGCGCUCGGUGCUAGGGGGAGCGUGCGACAUCGAAACCCUCGUUUCGCUACUCAGCUCCGGGGGAAGCGACUCGGAGAAGGAGGAUACGGUGCCUACGCACGGUGCGGAUUCCACCGGAAACAGCUCGACCAAUUUCAAUAUCAACAUCAGCUCGGCGCUCAAGUCGCGUGCUCCAAUGCUCAAGAAGGCUGGCAAGUCGGUUUCAUUCCAGGAGACCGAGCUGAAGCAAACCGCCGGACUCAACCGGGACUACUACCAGCCGGGUCAUCGCAAGCCACCGUCACUGCAACCUUUUGCCAAUCGAAUCAGGAGAAGCCAACAGUUGGCCAAUACGUUGAAUGCGUUUCAGAAGAAAAAUUUAACCGAGGGCACCAAGUCCGACGAGGAUAAGGACCAGCACAGCAGCGAUGAAUCCAAGGACAAUGCCAAAAGCAGCGAUUCCAUCCCACCAUCAUCAAAUCCAACGAAAACGGUUCAGGCGUCAUCCCCGUCGUCGUCGGAUGCCAAAACAGGAGAUGCUGGCAGUGGUGCCAGCGGUCAGGAUGGUGGACUGGUGGACGGCCAGACACCGAAGGAACGCGAAUGCUACCGGCUCUUUCAGAAGAUGUCCAACAUGGGUCUCUCGGUGUCGUACGAUACGAUCCUGCGGGGAAUGCUGACGCCAACGGAGCUGAGAGUACUCCAGAAGCAACGCACCAAGCUGCAGAAGCAACAGGAGUCAUCACGCCAGAACAGCAGCGAGACGGAGAAGGAGAACGACAGUAGCGACAAUAGCAAAAGCGAGGGAACUGCUAAUGCUAGUGAUUUGAGUAGUUUGCUUAGCAGCGGACCGGAACUGGAGGUCGUUAGUGGACCCCUGCCGGUAUUAGCGGAACAAACGGUAGAACAGUGAAUUUGGGCUAGAUAUUUUAUUUAGGUUCAGCAGAAAUUUGGUUUGAUCAGCAAACUGUGAUAGAAACUGAUUACUCGAAUGGGUACAAAAUGGACGAAAUGUUACGAAGCACCUAUUAUUGAAGCGCACAUUGAACGAACAGAGUUUUAAGCAUGUUGGCAAAAGGUUCAGAGUUUGUUUUGAAGAUGAAGCUCAGUAUCAGUUAGUUUUAGAAACCCCAAACAAGGACUACGGCACACAGUUGAAACUUUGUUAGAAAUUGCUUUAGCUAAUUGUAGCCACAAUAAAGAAUGUAUGUUCCGAAAAAAAAAA